AUGGACUUGACAUCAACAACUACCAAGAAAAGCCGCCUGGAGGGACAUCAGUCCUCAUCCUCAAAGAAACCAGCCACCGCCAUCAAAAGGCCUGCACAGGACAAGUGGAAGACCUUCUUUGAGGAAAUUAAGAAGGCUGGCAAAUAUUCUGCAGUGCUGUCAUUAAAAAAUGACUAUUGUGAAGAAUUCAUACCAGUGCAAGUGAAGCACUCCACGGCUCUUCUGGGGAACUUGGCAAGAGACAAGCCGUUGUCAAGGGAUGCGAGGCUGGAGGAGUGCAAAAUGUUUUCCCAGGCACAUGUUGUAGAGCUGAAGGUCUGUGAAGAUGUUGAAGCAGUUACCAAAGAUCAGUCGGCCUCAGCAACGUGGUUCGCCUUCAGAGCGGGCCGUGUCACAGCAUCGACGGCCCAUGCGGCUUGUCGGACGUCUUUAACUCAGCCAUCUGUGAGCCUCGUGAAGAAGAUUUGUGACCCAGAGGACAAGCUCCUUUUCAAGACCUGGACACCGCCAGAGAGCGAAAACGUGCUUGGAAACGUGCUUGGAGACACUUCUGAUGACGAAGCACUGCAGUACUGCUAUCGUGGUGGUCCAGAGUCCGGUGACAUGGUGGAAUGUAGUGGCCAGGACUGCAAGGGCAAAUGGUUUCACUUUGGGUGUGCCAACCUGAAGCGUCGUCCUAAAGCAAAGGCUUGGUUUUGCAGGGACUUCAAGCCUCGCAAGAAGUAA